CAAUCUAAACUUGUGGGCUGCAGCUGAACAGAUCGAAAUUAUUUACUGCUUUUCUUUCUGAAGUUAAAUAGUGAAUUUAACUUUGACGUACGAUUUAGUGGAUUUUGAGAUUUACUGAGCAGGCAAGUAGCAGAAUUCUCAGCCAAGGUGUUCAGCCUAAGUGAAUUUCUUUAUCAGUCGACGCAAACGUUAGAAUCGCGCAUAGCACAUUUUCAUCAAAUAAUUUUUAUUUCCGCAUCAGCAUCGCUCGGGCUUUUAGAACACUGAUUCAUUUCAUUUCAUUUCAAAUUAUUCCUUCCAAUUUUACUCGCUGAAAUUACUCUGAUUUGUACUCCUAUUUAUUUACUAAAAUCUUCAGCUGAGAAACCAAACUCACAUAAACACAUGAGCUAUUCUAUUCACAAUAUUCAGUAUAUUUGCAGUCUAUCGUCUUUCCUCGUUCUUCUCAAGUCUAUUUGAUGAUUUUGAGUCAAAUACGAAAGUAAAGAGUUAAAUCAGCGCCGCGACCGAUAGCGAUUUCCGAAAUACGUAAUUGAACGAACAUUUUCAAUUCAAUUUCUCACUUUUCACUUUUGUGUAAUUUUCCUGCUGAAAAAACUGCACGAAAAAAAAAUUGAACAGAAUGCAGUCUGAAAAUUGCCCAAUUCGUUCACUUAGUAUUUAUUUACCUGUAUAAUAUUUGAAUAUUUUCCCAUUUAUUUCCUUACUUUUUCCGUUCUAUUUCAUUUUCCCUCCAUUCUCAUUUGCUGAGGCGAGGCGGGAGGCUGACUAAUUGCUGCAAUACCCGUCUGCAGUGUUGUAGUGUACCCCAUUCCCUGAAAUUACUUCACGCGUUGAAUUACCCCGCCCCUUACGUGUUCCAUUUUCAGUGCUAAAAAUAUCUACCCCACCUCCUACGCACUAAAAUCCCGAAAAAAAUUGACGAUAAUUUUCCUUAUUCUAUUACUCAUAUUCAUAUAUUGUUUAUGCCUUUACCCUUAAUCUUCAUAUCAAAAAACUCACAAAACUUUACAAAUUGUCCAAACUUUCUUGAAGCUAAUUUAUAAUUUAGUCUGUGGUUCGUGUUUGUGCAACGUUGUAUUAAGUCAGGUGAUUAAUUAUUUGAUUAAAAAUUAACAAUGUUUGUAAUUAAAUCGUCAAUCUUUUGAUCUUGCUUCAGUUGUAUUGGACCCGCGUUUGUACAUUCAGUGAUACAGUUGACAUUUAACGAGAUCAAUCAUAGUUUUUGAAAAAAAAAUUGUUCGACCCGCCAAUUUUCGUUUAUCCGUUUACUUUUCGCUUUAAAACCGAUUCGUUUUAAAACCUGAUUACUUAGUAAGACAGUUAGUAUUUCGCGACAUUUGACAAAUUGUUUAUUUACCUGAAAUGCAAUUAACCUCAAAUCCUGUUUAUUUUAUUGAAACGGGGCCAAAUUGACAGAAUGUAAUAAAAGUAAGAAAAUACCCAAUUACUUUUGGUUUACUUACAGAAAGCAAGCGCGCAGCGCAGGCAGCACAAAAAUUCAAAGGGUUGCAAAAAACAGCAAAUUCGCCUUUAUUUGUGCCUUAUUUGCUUCUUUUUCAGACUGCUUUUGUUUCUUGUUCCCUGAAGCUCAAAAAACUUCAAUUUUGCGCUUAAUUUCCUUACACGGCCAGUUUGUUUUGUUAUCCAGUAGAGAACUUUGGCCAAUUUGCUGGAUAAUAAAGGAAUUGAAGCUUUCCAUAUUCUUUUAUCCAGAUAUUUUGAAUUGUCUCAACCCCAGUUCUAUUGUCUCGACCCCAACCCCAAGUAGUAUAAUUUUGGUUUUCAUCUUUCGACGAUGGUCGUGAGUGGUCGAUGACUCAUUCCAAUCGCUAAUGAACUUUAUUAACUAUAUUCAACUUCAUUUUCUUUGAAUUUUACCUUUAAACAAGCGUGUGAUCUUUUUCCUCGUCAUCAUCUGUGAUUAUUUCAUAAGUAAAAGUCGUCCUUUUUAUUUUCGUGUGUCAUCGACUAUCUUUUUUUGUUUCUUCAAACAAAAAAUCUUAACUUUGAGGAUAAAAACAUUUUCAAUACCUUUGAUCUUACGUUACUGGAUUGAACAUCUUUACCCUUUCAUAGCCCUGCUUGCAACCAUUAAGGAUUAAAACCCCCAUUUUUUACAGUCAAUUCCUUUUAACCCGCAACAAUUUACUUUUUUUUGCGGUCCAGCGGUGUUACCUUUUUUGUCAUUGUGUUCGGUUUACCUAAUUUUGUAAAUAAAAUUGGACUUUUUCAGAUAAAUUACGCAAUUCCCAAAUGAAGAUUAAUUACCAUCUCCAAAAUUCGUAUUCGUUGUAAUUUUUUUCUCGUAAAUUUUUAUCCAAAAAUGGCUCAUUAAAACUGUAAAUCACAUAAAAACUAUCAUCACAACCCAAAUUAUUUUAAUUUCAUUCUUAUUUGUUCUAUUUUUUUUCUUAUUUACAAUUUGUAAACCUUUUUUGAAUUGAUAUAUUUUUGAAAUUUGCAAAAUUAUGACUUCGAAGACAAUUGUUACCGCCCUUUCCUUUUACCGUGUUACUUUUCUUUUUCUCAUUGUCAAUUGCAACGGUAAAGACACGCUACGAUUUAAGCCAAUCGAAAAAUCUCAGUUACCGAAUUUGGAUUCGGGGGGAACAUUCACAAUUGACUUGAAUGACUUCAUAAUCCACGACGAAGAAAUCGAAACGACAAAAUCUCCCGACAGUCGGCAACUGAGCCCGUAUGAUGCUGCGGAAAAGGUUCCGGCGGCUUGUCCCGGGGAUUCGAACCCCCUCCUCCCUCUUUGCGAGAAUGUGCGAGGGGAACUUCGACACGAGAGGUUCACAAAUUACACGAUUUGUGUGUAUAGUAAACCCGAAGGGUUCUCGGAAAAAGUGGCGAUUUCGAAGUCGGUCGGGUUUUCGGUUUUGGCCUUGUGGGGAAUUUGUGCCAACCUGGUGAUUGUUCUCGGAGGGAUAGUCCAAAGACACCACUCGCGAAACUGCCUCCUAGCUCUCGUAUCUCUUGGCGACCUCGUCUACCUCUCACUGCACUACUCAGUAGACAUGCUGACCCAAUCUGACUCGUAUGACAAUUGGAAGAUGGGGGAGUUCGCUUGCUAUUCUGUGAGGGGGGCUCUGAUUGGAGCUAAUGCGUUUUCAAACGUGGCACUGAUGGUGUUGUUCGUACAACAAUGGGCCAGCGCUACGGGUAAACACAAAGUGGACCGAAUCUUAGGCGGGGGCGGACUCCUUCCGCCCUCCCCCGACCAUCUCUCCCCCUCCUCCACCUCAUCAUCAGUUGUGGGUGGGGGCAGUGUGUGCGGUGUGACUAUGUGUUUGUUCUUUCUCUCGCUGGGCAGGAUGGCGGCUGCUAUGUCUGUGACGUCACACACUGAUUGUGUUUUGAGAGACAACACUCCUUUCGCGCAGUGCACACUUUCAAACUCUGUGCUGGACUUCACUGAAUUAGCCGCGUUCAGUUUGAGUGACCUGAUCAUCUGUCAAUUCCUCCCCUGUCUAGUGGUCGUCAUAUGUGCCAGAUUCACUCUACCUAUUGUUGAGUUCAGAGCACACAGGUUCAGAAACGAGUUCACUGUCGCGGAUGCAAAGUUCUACCACACAAUUAUAGUCAUCGGUAUGCUCUCUCUUGCCUUAAGUGUCUCAAGCACCAUGAUUGACAUCUUCAUGGACCUUCUCAACUAUCCCCCCUCCCCAUCCAUGCAAAUAAUGUUACGUCUCCUUCCGUAUGUAAACUGCGCCCUGAUUAAACCCCUAGUUUAUUUGUUAUACUACACCGAAAUAUUCCCGAGUCGAAAGCAAAUCUUCCAGCAGAACCCAACAUCCAGGAGUCCCGCGAGUCACCAGACUAGCGAAAACCCGACUCGGCCGAGACUGGAAACCGAUGACAGCGAAUUAACCACCGAGGAAAUUUUAAACGGAAUUCGAGAACUGAAACGACAAACUAGCAUGACAGCAGUUCGCCCACCAAAUCAUUUCGGAUUGCGUCAUCAGAGUUCGGCUCCGGACUCGGCGAUCGGGCGAAGCAAGUCGUUCGACAGUCACUUAAAUCGACGAAUCCAAAAUUUGAACAUGCCUAUGCACAUGCCACGACUUGCAAACCAGUCGUUCACGAAUCCACUUUACGAUUCCCCAAUGGUACGCGCCAAUGAUUCGCAGCCGGACGAACCUACAACGGAAUCGAAACGUAAUUCGCGAUAUGUGAACUUGGAAAGCGCGAUGGAGUGGUCGAAAGCAAAGCCGAAAAGCGAGUCCCAGUUACUAAGACCUUCCUCCAUGUACAUAAAUCUUGGAGCUUUGAGUAAGAAUCACCGACUUAGCAAAUGUGAGCAAGAUAUAAUUGACCCUAAAGGCCCGAUAGAAGGAAAGAGUCACGAAACUGGUGAAAGAAAAAGGGUGAGUUUAGCUGUGAAUGACUCACAAAAAGAUGAAAACGAAGAAAAUACUUAUGAAAAAAUUGAAAAUGAUAUUCCAGAAAAACCGACAAAACACCGUGAAAGUAAAAGUGCAUAUAGCUUGAAUACAGUUCAGUUUGCGGUUGAUUUGCAUGUUUACUCGGAUAUCAAGUAUCACAAACAAGUUUCCGAGGAUAGCGGUUGUUAUUCUAGUCCGAGCACCCCUAAUCAACUGACCUCGGAAGCACCGAUUCCCGAAGAUGACUCAACUAGUCAAGAUAUCGACGUCUAGAAAUAGAUUUGUGUGUGUGUUAUUUUGGUAAUAAAAACUCAGUUAGCAAGUUAGUUAGAUGGUUUAAACAAACUGAAAACUUGUAAGCUUUGAUACUUUUUGCAUACAAAAAUAGAUAUUUACCGAAUUGACGAUGCAUUGUUGUCUAGACAUGUUAUGAAUUGGGGUAUUUUCUGUUAUACUACCCAAAACUUGAUAAGAUAGUUUUGUUUUUGAACUCUGAUUUGCUGUUUAUUGAAAUGUGUCAAUAAAAUAAGUGCCAAUUUUUUAACUGAAGAUAUUUUACUGAAUUUCAUUUGAGCUGAACUGGCAAAACUCAAGAUUUUCGGAUGAUGUUUUUUUAUUUUGUAUCCUCACUAUGAAUUAGUCACUGUUUUUUGUAUAUUCUUAUUUCUCUCACUGCUUAUUCUCAAUUAACGUGUUUGUGUUUUUUGA